UGGUUGCAGCCUUGACCGCAGCCGUCAGUCUAGCCGCUUAUAAGCGGCUUAUCGCUAUGACUGAUCAUAACUGAUCGCAAGAGUUGCGAACAAAGAUCAUUUCAACCGGUGGCUACAUAGGCAGGCUUGUAGGCGAACCCCAGUGCCAGGACAAUCAAAACAAAUUUUUUUAAGGUGCAGCUGACCUCUGGCCCCAUGGUGAACCCGCUGCAGUGCGUGGAUGGGUACUGGCAGCGCGCGCGGAGCGACUCCAGUGGGGCGAGCAACAGCGGGGGCGAGAGCUCCAAGGACAGCUCCCGAUGCUCCACGCCCCUCCUGGAGACGGAGCGCAAGGACCGGCUCCGUGACAAGAUGAGGCGCAGGAUCGAAUCCGGGGACCACUGGUUCUCCCUGGAGUUCUUCCCGCCCCGGACCACCAGCGGGGCCGUCAACCUCAUCUCCAGGUUCGAUCGGAUGGGGUCGGGCGGGCCGCUGUUCAUCGACGUGACCUGGCACCCGGCGGGCGAUCCUGGGUCGGACACGGAGACGUCCUCCAUGAUGAUCGCCAGCACCGCCGUCAACUACUGCGGCCUGGAGACCGUCCUGCACCUCACCUGCUGCAACCAGACCAAGCAGAAGAUCACGGCUCACCUGAACAAGGCCAAGCGGCUGGGCCUGAAGAACAUCAUGGCCCUCAGGGGAGAUCCCUUGGAUGAUUGGUGGGAGCAAGAGGAAGGAGGUUUCAACUAUGCCACAGAGCUGGUCAAACACAUUCGCUGCGAGUUUGAUGACUACUUUGACAUCUGCGUCGCCGGGUACCCCACGGGCCACCCUGAGGCUGACAGCUACGCUGACGACCUGAUGCACCUGAAGGAGAAGGUGGACGCCGGGGCCGACUUCAUCAUCACCCAGCUCUUCUUCCGGGCAGACACCUUCUUCACCUUCAUCAAGGACUGCAGAGCCAUCGGCAUCACGUGUCCCAUUCUGCCUGGCAUCUUCCCUAUUCAGGGUUACCAGUCCCUGCGACAGUUGGUGAAGCUGUCCAAGCUGGAAGUCCCGGAGGAGAUCAAGGAGGUCAUCGAGCCCAUCAAGGACAACGACGCCGCCAUCCGAAACUUCGGCAUCCACCAGGCAGUGGGCAUGUGCCGCGUGCUUCUGGAGAGCGGGGAGGUCCCAGGCCUGCACCUGUACACGCUCAACCGAGAGGUGGCCACCAUCGAGGUCCUGAAGCAGCUGGGCCUCUGGGCUGAGGACCCCAGGCGACCUCUCCCCUGGGCCGUCAGUGCCAAUCCUAAACGCAUAGUGGAGGACGUCCGGCCUAUCUUCUGGGCCACGAGACCAAAGAGCUACAUCUACAGGACUCAGGACUGGGACGAGUUCCCCAACGGGAGAUGGGGGAACUCUUCGUCUCCUGCCUUCGGUGAGCUGAACGAUUACUACCUGUUCUACCUGAAGAGCAAGUCGUCCAAAGACGACUUGCUGAAGAUGUGGGGUCAGGAGCUGAUGAGUGAGGAGAGCGUGUUUGAGGUGUUCACCAGCUACAUCACGGCCCAGCCCAACCAUGCCGGGCACAAGGUGAUGUGCUUGCCCUGGAACGACGACCCUUUGGCCCCGGAGACCAACCUGCUGAAGGACGAGCUGGAGAAGGUGAAUCGACGCGGGAUCCUGACCAUCAACUCUCAGCCCAACAUCAACGGCAAGCCCUCCAUCGACCCCAUCGUGGGCUGGGGCCCCCCCGGGGGCUACGUCUUCCAGAAGGCUUAUCUGGAGUUUUUCACAUCGAGUGAAAACGUCACUGCACUACUGAAAGUACUGAAGAAAUAUGAACCCCGCGUGAACUACCACAUCGUCAACGUCAAGGGUGAGAACGUCACGAACGCCCAUGAGAUGCGGCCCAACGCUGUGACCUGGGGCAUCUUCCCUGGCCGGGAGAUCGUGCAGCCCACCGUGGUGGAUCCAGUUAGCUUCCUGUUCUGGAAGGACGAAGCCUUCGCCUUGUGGAUCGAGCAGUGGGCCAAGCUGUACGAGGACGAGUCCCCGUCCCGGAUGAUCAUCCAGUACAUCCACGACAACUACUACCUGGUCAACCUGGUGGACAACGACUUCCCCCUGGACAGCUGCCUAUGGAAAGUGAUAGACGACAUGUUCGAGCUCUUGGACUCGGCGCUAGAGAACGUGCAAUGAAACGGUCUCCCCCCUGGCCCCUAUUUCACCCAGCACCAGCCUCUCAUCACCCACCAGUGCUGCUAUGAGGACCUCUGAUCUUAUAUCUCAAAACACUAAUACCCAGUUAAGCAGUGGUAUACAAUGUAUACUUUGAAACUAAACUUUUUUAUGUAGCUAAUUUUUAGGUCUUUUUUAAAAUGAGCCUUUGGUAAAUGGAAUGGCGUGUUUACAGUGAUAGGAGCCAUAAACAUGGCGGAUGCAGGUCACCGGACUGCUUUAUACUCAGAUGCUGAUCCCUUUGGAUGUGUGCACUGAAUCUUUAACAGUAUUUUCUAUACUAUUUAAGAGAAGGGACAAGUAUCAAUGAAAGUCAUGCUUGUGUGUGUUUAAAAGGCAUUUCUUUUUUUUUGUGUGUGAAUUUUUUAUUUUAUAUUGAUUAUGUUGAAUGUUUUUGUAAUGAAAUGGUAAAAAAAAAGUAUUAAACCUAUAUCUUUUUAUAA